AUGGCCGCUUCGGUGUUCUGCUGCCUGCGGUGCUGCAGAGAUGGCGGGACGGGCCACAUCCCUCUGAAGGAGAUGCCGGCCGUGCAGCUGGACACGCAGCACAUGGGAACUGACGUCGUCAUUGUAAAAAAUGGAAGACGAAUAUGUGGAACAGGAGGUUGUUUAGCCAGUGCACCUUUACAUCAAAACAAAAGCUACUUCGAAUUUAAAAUCCAGUCCACAGGAAUCUGGGGUAUUGGCGUUGCAACUCAGAAAGUUAACUUGAAUCAGAUCCCCCUUGGCCGAGAUGUACACAGUCUGGUGAUGAGAAAUGAUGGAGCCCUAUACCACAACAAUGAGGAGAAAAACAGACUACCAGCAAACAGCCUUCCACAGGAGGGAGAUGUGGUGGGUAUUACAUAUGACCAUGUAGAAUUAAAUGUAUAUUUGAAUGGAAAAAACAUGCAUUGUCCAGCAUCAGGUAUACGAGGGACAGUGUAUCCAGUUGUUUAUGUUGAUGACAGUGCAAUUUUGGAUUGCCAGUUCAGUGAAUUUUAUCAUACUCCUCCACCUGGUUUUGAAAAGAUAUUAUUUGAACAGCAGAUCUUCUGA